AUUUCAUCAACCGAGAGAGAAAAAAGAGUAUAGAGAGAGAGAGAGACGCAAAACAUAGAGGAGCAGCAGUCCUCCAUUUUCUCUCAAAAAGUAAAAGCCUGCGUUGAAUAGAAGAGAGCAAGACCCAACAAUCUCUCUGUCUCUAUAAAAUCUUGUUCUACCCUUGUCUUGCCUUUGUUGUUCUUGCCUCGACCGAUCCCUAUAAGAAGAAGGACAAUCAUGGCCAACGCAGCAUCUGGUAUGGCUGUGCAUGAUGACUGCAAGCUGAAGUUCUUGGAGCUGAAGGCGAAAAGAACUUACCGCUUCAUAGUUUAUAAGAUUGAGGAAAAGCAGAAGCAGGUUAUUGUGGAAAAGCUUGGCGAGCCUGCCCAAAGCUAUGAAGAUUUUACUGCAAGCCUCCCUGCUGAUGAGUGUCGCUAUGCUGUUUAUGAUUUUGAUUUUGUGACUGAAGAGAAUGUCCAGAAGAGCAGAAUUUUCUUCAUUGCAUGGUCUCCUGACACAUCACGGGUGAGAAGCAAGAUGAUUUAUGCUAGUUCCAAGGACAGGUUCAAGAGAGAGCUAGAUGGCAUUCAGGUAGAAUUGCAGGCAACUGAUCCAACUGAAAUGGGUCUUGAUGUCAUCAAGAGCCGUGCCAGCUAAACGCAUGUCUCCAAAUUUCGCAGUGGAGAGUUUGAUGCCCUCUACAUUUGAGCGAAAUGUUUAUAGCUUGUGGCAGUGAACCUGACUGAAUUAUGAGAUUGGUUUGUUUGCUUGAGUUUUACCCUACAAUCCUCUUCUAGAACCAAUCCGGUGAUUUUGGUUCUAUAUUUAUGAUCCGUCAUGUAAUGAACUAAAGGGAUGUGUGUUUCCUUAUAGCUAUGUUCACAAUCUUCGGUGUACUGUCUUCUGAUGGUAGAGAAACCGGGGUUUUGUUUCUACUACUUUGCAAAUGUAUGUUUCACUCUUCUUCA